AUGGCGACGCCGAUGGAGCACGUGGAGAGUAUACGGCGGCACAAGUUCUCGAUCGGGGCAAAAGAUCCGAACCCGCUCACGGAGGACCUUCACCAGGCCGUCAAGAAUCUCUCCGCCGAGCUUUACGCCAAGGACGUCCAUUUUCUCAUGGAGCUCAUUCAGAAUGCUGAGGAUAACGAGUACGAGGAAGGCGUUGAUCCGUCAUUACAGUUUGUGAUCACGUCCAAGGACAUUACCGGAACCGGAGCUUCGUCUACUCUUGUCAUCUUCAACAACGAGAAGGGAUUUUCACCCAAGAACAUCGACUCCAUCUGUAGCGUCGGGCGAUCCACCAAAAAGAACCACCGCAAACGUGGCUAUAUCGGCGAGAAAGGAAUCGGGUUCAAGAGCGUGUUUCUAAUCACCUCUCGUCCAUACAUAUUCAGCAAUGGCUAUCAAAUCCGUUUCAACGAGUCCCCCUGCCCGGCUUGCGAUGUCGGCUAUAUCGUCCCUGAGUGGGUCUACUCGAACCCCAUCGUCUCGGAGAUAAAGUUAAUCCACGGCCCAGACGUAAACCUCCCGACCACGACCAUUGUCCUGCCUCUGAAGCCCGACAAGGUGGGGCCCGUCAAGAAGCAGCUCUCGAGCGUCCACCCGGAGCUCCUCCUAUUCCUCUCGAAGAUCAAGAAGCUCUCUGUCCGGGAGGAGGGCUCGUCCGGCCCCACGGCACUAACCGCAAUCUCCAUCUCGAGCGAGACCAACUUUGUCACGAGGAAAAACGUCGAUGCCGAGUCUUUUCUCCUCCACCUCUCGGCCGAUGCGGGCCCGGAAUGCAGCUACCACAUGUGGCGACAGAGGUUUCCGGCCCGGCCCGAAAACCGGGUCGAGAGGAGAAGCGAUGUCGAGGAGUUUUCGAUCACGCUGGCUUUCCCCAACGGCGAGCGGCCUCACGUGGGGCCCACUUCUCCGGGUAUCUACGCUUUCCUCCCCACAGAGAUGGUCACGGGAUUUCCCUUCAUAAUCCAGGCGGACUUUCUCCUGGCCUCGUCUCGCGAGACGAUCCUACUCGACUCCCCAUGGAACCGAGCGAUUCUUGAUUGCGUGCCGUCUGCUUUUACGAACGCGUUCAUUUCUCUCGUCAAGGAAAACAGUGAUGCUCCCAUUUUUAAUCUCCCGCGCAUGUUCAGCUUCCUUCCGGUCGAGAGCUCGCCGUACCCUUUGCUCAACUCGUCCGUGAGGGAACCGAUCAGGUCGAAGCUGAUGGGAGAGAAUAUUAUUCCCUGCGAGUCGUACACGCGGCAAAGGUUUUUCCAUAGGCCAGGGGAAGUCGGGAGGCUGAGGCCCACUUUCUGGAAUAUUCUCGAGAAGGCCCGAGAAGAAGGGGUGUGCCUAGAUAACAUCUCGACCCACGGGAAGUAUAUUCUGAGUUUCGCAUUCGACAACAAGCAAUGCGAUAGCGUUCUGAAUUUCUUGAAAGUGGGACCUGUCGAGGGUGACUGGUACGCGAAGUGUGUCCGGAGUUUGAAUCUCGUGUUGGGAGGAUCCGAGGGUCUCUAUCUGGAACUCCUACUUUUCGCGGCGGAAAAUUGGCUGGCCUUCUUAAGCACGAGCUUUAUCGACGUGCCUCUUAUUAAGUAUGUGGGUCAGCAGUCUCAGGUCUCACUGUGCUCACCGUGCGCAGCAAACAAAACUCAGACGAUUCUUCUUUUGUCCAAAUCUACCGCUCAGAUCUCGUGGCUGGUCGAUUGGAAUAGGGAGUUUGUAGGUGUUCAUAACAGGUUUUUCCUUCCUGAGUCGACUCAGCGCGAAAUUUUUAUUCAUCCCAAGAGGCAGACGAUAUGGGAUUGGCUUUCAAAGGAAGUGGGCGUUACUUCCGUUACGGUCUAUGACUAUGCUUUCCAAUUGGGGAAGUCGAUCGGUAAAGACCGAAAACAUGCCGUGACCUAUGCCCAUUUUCUCUAUCACUCGACCGUGAAAAAGUACCUAUCCACUACAGAGGCUGAUCACGCGGCCAGCUGCAUGCCGCUCGUUAACAACUAUGGGCAGGUGACCGUGAACAGGCGGGGUGUUAUUGUCCCGGCCAGCGGAAGCCGUUGGGUGCAGCUCGUCGGUUUCAAUCCAUGGAGAUCCGAAGGCUAUGUCGAACUUGGUGAGGAUUAUCUUCACGCGGGAAAUUAUGCAGGUGGGGUCAUCACCCGCGAGAAAGAACUUACUCGUUUUCUCGAGUCUUACGUAAAAGCUUUGGACGUGCCCGAUUUGGCGCCUCCCGAUGAGGAUAUCCCGAGCUUCUAUUCGUCACUGACAAAGAAAAAUGCAUUGCUCCUUUUGCAAUGGGUUCAUAACCUGAGAGUGAAGAGAACUCAAUUACCCAACAAGUUCCUUAACUGUGUGAAAAACGGGAACUGGCUUCGCGUUUUGCUCGGUACAAGCGUGACCUUCAAGCCACCAUCACAAUCCUUUCUCCUUACUUCUUCAUGCGAGUGCCUCAAUAAAGACGGAUCGAUUCUUGUCGAUAUACCGUUUGUGGAUCAGAGCUUUUACGGCGAGGAACUAUCCGAGUACUACGAGGAGCUGAGACACGUUGGGGUCAUGUCCGAGUUUAAGGAUGCAUGCGAGUACAUCGGGAAUCAUCUCAUGUCUGUAGCGGCCUCGUCAACUCUGACUCGUGACCAUUUCUACUCGAUACUGAACUUCAUCCGAUUCUUGAGGGAUAAACUCCUUCCUCCCGAUGGUUUUAUAAACAGCAUAAAGGACAAAAAAUGGCUAAGGACUUCCCAAGGCUACCGGAGUCCUCGGGAAUCCGUGCUUUACGACCGGGAAUGGGAGGCCGCUUCUCAUAUUAGCGAAAUCCCAUUUAUCGACCACGGCUAUUACGGGACGGAACUGAAUUCUCAUGGUAAAGAACUUCAGCUUCUCGGCGUGCUCGUCGGUUUUCACGGAAAUUACAAACUCGUUCACGACAAAUUAAAAUCUCCGUCUGGCCAUUGUUGUAGAUACCAGGCAGCAGAGGACAUUCUUUUGUUGCUCGAGUGUAGGCGUAAUUAUGGCUCGUCCGAGAAGCUCCUCGGAAUUCUCAAAUACUCGACUCUCCUCAAAACAAACAACAAGGGCUACAAGCCCCCGGGCGAGUGCUACCUGUUCGACCUCACGUGGGGAUGCCUUCUGCAGGUCUUCAACACCACCUUUUCCCUCAUUGACACCCAAUUUUAUGGAGAUAAAAUUUUGUCUUUUCGAAAUGAGCUAGCAGGAAUAGGAGUGCUCGUCAGUUUCGAGGAGGCAACGAAAGCAUUCGCUCGUGUUUUCAGGCAGCAGGCUUCGUUGUCUGCCAUUAGUCGAGACAAUGUCCUCUCGUUUCUUUCGUGCUGUAGAAAGUUUAAACUCGCCGGUUUAAAAUUUGACAAAGACGUCAAGUCAUGCAUCGAAGAGGCUAAAUGGCUGCGAACCCGGCUAACUGAUUACAGGCCACCGAAGCAGUGUAUACUGUUCGGCCCCGAGUGGGCCCCCGUCUCCUCGAUUUCUAUAUUGCCUUUUAUUGACGAUGGUGAGACUUACUACGGUAAAGAAAUACACGAGUACAAAAACGAGCUUCAGGCCCUUGGAGUAAUCGUUUCUUUUAAAUCCGGUGCCAAGUUUGUGGCCUCGAGCCUCUGUCUACCUCAGGAUCCGAACAGUAUCACGGCUGCAGCCGCUUAUUCCUUGUUCGAAUGCAUUCGGAACCUUCGUACCAAUCUAGACGAGCCUUCUUUAAUCGAAAAUCUCGUUCGUAAAUCCGCACGAGCGUGGAUAAAGACUCGGGCCGGUUACCGGGCUCCAGACGAGUGCCUGUUAUUCGGCCCUGAUUGGGAGUCAUCUUCCUUAUCCCGUGAGGACGGGCCCUUUAUUGACGAGGCAUUUUACGGGCCGGGCAUAAGAUCCUAUUCGAAGGAGCUGAACACUUUAGGGGUCGUAGUGGAAAAGGAAAAUGGGUGCUCAUUGAUCGCCUCCCACAUCGAGUCCCACGAGAAAGAUUUUGCGGCCGUCAAACGGAUAUAUUCCUACCUGAACGAGUCGAAAUGGAGAGCUCCGGUGAAAAAUGCCGUGAAAAUAUGUGUUCCGGUCGGCUCCGAUGGCGCCAAAUGGGUAACCUCCGAAGAAUGCGUCGUCCAUGACAAAGACGGUCUUUUUGGCGGGAUAUUUCAUGUUUUGGACAAGUUUUACGAGAAGGAGCUGUUGACUUUCUUCUCGUGCGCGCUCGAAGUCAAAGCAUUCCCAUGUCUCGACGAUUACCGUGACCUAUGGACUGAUUGGGAGGAGAAAUAUUCGAGCCGCCCAUUGGCAAGUUGCGAGUGCCUCGCCUUUUGGUCUUACGUCGCCAGGCAUUGGGGCCCGAAGGCGCGGGAGGCUCUCUCCGAGAGCUUCCAGAAGCUUCCUGUCUUUUCUGGCUCGGGUGGGAUUUUACUCGUCGACAAGCGUGACGUCUUCAUCCCGGACGAUCUCUACCUCAAAGAUCUGUUCGAACGUUCGGCUUCUUCACGUCCUCUGUUCGUCUGGUGGCCUCGUCCGAGUUCAAAGUCCCUGCCCCGGAACAAGCUGCUCGAAAUUUUUGGCAAAAUCGGCGCUCGGAAUUUAUCCGAGUCUGUCGAGAGAGUCGAGGAGGACUCUUCCACUCGUUUGGCCGUGGGGCCCGCCGCCGCACAGGAAAGUUCGGGUGAGGUUUUCGUUCGAAAAAGAGGUUUCGUAAAAUUGAUCCUUGGUUUUCUGGCGGGCCUCGAAAUCGAGCCCGUCGAGAGGCACAUUGCCGUGAAGAACUUGCUCGAGGCUACUGUUAUCGAGACCCCAUCACCGAUAACCGUCGAGUACAAACUGAGGCUUAAAUCAGGAGACGUCGUGAGUGCCAAUGCACGGGGGUCGAUGCGUUGGGAGAAGGACACGCGUCGGUUUUUCGUUCACGGGUCGGGUGGGUCGUCGGGCGGUUUUAAGAACGUUCUAGAAAGCGCGAUGUGUUUUGCUCGGGUGGUCUCGGAGGGGCUUAUGUGGGACAAGGAGGAUGAGAUGGGGCGGCUGGCCGAGCUGGUCGAGCUCGGUUUUUUACUGGAAUUUGACGAGGCGGCGGUCGAGUUCUUGAUGAAGAGGAAGAACCUGCAGAUAUUUUGGGAAGACGAGGAGUUUUUAUCCUCUGCACUCUUCAUUUUGAAUGCUUAA